UGGUGCGCUGCUGCGCUCUCGUGUUUCACAGCGGGUGGAUGGAGCAGGUGCUCUCUGCUUACCGCGAGCUAUUGCUAAGCGACCAGCCUUCUCAGUGACCUCGUUCAGGCUCCGCCGAGACUUCGCGCACUCGCUCCAACGAGCCUUUCUUUAUCAUCAGCUCCCCGCUAAACACGACGCAAGGUUUCACACACAUAGGGACAGGUAGCCUGCCUGCCAGCCGAGACAGAGGAUGUCUGGUCCGGGGAAUGGAGUGAUGCUGCUGCUCGGAGUGGCGGUGCUGCAUGCGGUGUCUGCUAUGAUCGACCCAUCAAUCAAUGCGUCAGACCACCUCACCCUACCAGCAGAACAGGGACCAUCAGUUACACUGCAAUGUAACCUGACUUCCUCCUUGAGCCCCCAACAAAGCUACUGGAUGAAGAAUGGAGAGGAGAUCCAAGGGACACGGGCAGAGCAGAGGGCUAUUGAGUACACAAUCACUCGACCAAGGGCAGAUGAUGCAGGGGAGUAUAUGUGUGUAUACGAAUUUCCUUUGGAUCCUGCUGCCAAUGCCACCAUUGAAGUGAAAGCUGCUCCAGACAUCACAGGACACAAGCGCAGUGAGAAUAAAAAUGAGGGAGAUCGCGCUGUUCUUUACUGCAAGUCUGUUGGCUACCCUCAUCCUGUCUGGUCCUGGCGCAAGUUGGACAAUGGUGGCUCUUUUGAGAUUGACAACUCCUCUGGCCGCUUUUUCAUCAGCAACAAGGACAACUACACAGAGCUGUCCAUUAUUAAGCUAGACAUCGAGUCCGAUCCUGGAGAAUACGAGUGCAACGCCACUAAUAUUGUUGGCACAUCUCGCAUGACCUCCGUGCUUCGUGUGCGGAGUCACCUGGCUCCCCUCUGGCCCUUCCUGGGCGUUCUUGCUGAAAUCCUGAUCUUGGUCCUCAUCAUUGUCAUCUACGAGAAGCGUAAGAAGCCUGAUGAUGUUCCUGAUGAUGAUGAAUCAGCUGGGCCAAUGAAAACUAAUUCAACUAACAAUCACAAAGACAAAAACCUACGUCAGAGGAAUACAAAUUAAACCAACCAUUAGUACAAUGAAGACAUUCACAUCAUGACCAUAUGAACGUAACACAAAGGAGUUCAAUGUUUAAGAAAGUAUAUAUUAAUGUUAAGAAUUAAUUGGUGAGAUUAAAUAUACAUGACUCAAGGCAUGCCUUAUGAAUGUGAUGGCAAGAGGAUGUCUGAUGAGAAAUAUUAUUAAUAACUGUGUAAAUAUUAUGAACAUUUUAUUGCAUGAUUGUGUUGCUUUCAAUAUUUAUCUUUUAUUCACAAUGCCUUUACUUUUUCAUGCUAAACAAUAAGAGAUAUGUAGUGCAUGCAAUAUAUUAACCUGCUGUUUGAGAAGAUCUGUUUUGUUUGUGUAUUUCAGAGUAGCACCAUGUAGAUAAUAUUUAUAUUUCAGGCAAAUCAACCACCAUGUUUAUGGUAUGACAGUUUUUUAAAGUUUAUCAUUUCACUGAAUACCUUUUGGUAUUGUGGCUUAUCAUCUUUAGUUAACUUUAUUGAAGUCAUAGGUUUCAAUAAUGGAUAAGGGCUUUGCAAUGUCCUGUAAUGUUUCAUUUCUACAUAUGUUAUACAUCAAUUAUUUUUAUGUACGUAACAUGCCAUUGAAAAUAAUCAAAGUUAGCUGAAUGUUGUUCAUUCUGAUGCACAAAGUGUUCAGAUGAAUUCUGAAUUGAUAAUGUCAUUUUCUAAUUCUAAACCUUAUCUAUCUAUGACUCAGCUUUUUACAUAUGCAUACUAUACAGCAUGGCUUUUAUCCUAUGCAAUAUUUGUUCAUAAAAUAUCUAAAUAUAUAUAUAUAUAUAUAUAGUAGAUUAAGGAUUUUUUUACUAUUGGCAUUUGGUUGUGCGUUAAAGCUUUAAUAUGCUAGGUUUGACAUUCAUAGCAAAGUGCACUGUUCAAACUAAGAUCCCUGGAAGAAUUUAGCUUUACACAACACCCCUCCAUCUGCAUGAGCUCUCUGGCAGUGCAGGGGCCCUACUUCACAAACAAAAGAAAGUCAGGAAAAGUGAAAGACACUUCCAUAUCAUUUUUAACAAUUAAACAUUCUAAUGUGAUCA